AUGGAAGUGACAGAAGACGAAGACAGCGCCCUUAAUGUGAGAGAGGCAGCAAUGAGGUCCAAAGACCCAGACGAUUGGUAUGCACUCGUGAAGAGCUCUGAUGGAAAACUGCCUACCGCAGUGAGACCAUACGUGCGCCAUAUCAUACAAAGCAUCAGCGACCCGAGGGAAGGCGCAAUGGACUAUCACCUCACAACGCUAGGACCUAUGUUGGAUUAA